AUCAUGUGAACCUUAUUCCGCAUGAAGGGCUCACACAAAUGGAAACUUUGACUCCGCUCACGUUCCAGCACCGAAUGUUGUCAUGCCUCUGAAGCUCGAAGGGCGGAACCUGAGCUGACGCAUCUCAUUCAGCUUCCCGCUGUAUUUCUAUACACCAUUUCGCAACGCUUGACUAUCUAGGACGACUCUUACUCUGAAUUCGCGUCAUGUCUGCUGAAGUUCCCGUGGCUAUCAUUGGUCUCGGAGGGCGGUUUCCUGGCGGGUCAGAUACACCCCGGUUAUUCUACGAGUUUUUGCGAAACAAGGGAGAUGGGAUGAUUGAGCCGCCUCUGGAGCGUUGGGACCAUGCUGAGUGGAGCGGGAAUCCUGGCGAGCCAGGAAAGUACUGCGCUGCGAAGGCUGGUUUCAUAAGCGAUAUCGAUCACUUCGACCCCCUCGAGUUUGGUAUCUCUACAAAGGAAGCUGAACGCUUAGACCCCGCCAUUCGUUUGACGCUCGAAGCAGCGCACGAUGCGCUUCAAGACGCUGGGAUUGACUACCGGGGGUCUAGAACGGGCGUGUUCUUUGGAAAUUUAUUGACGACAAUGGACGAACUUGACGCGGAGCGAUAUGAGAUGAACAACUAUAACGGCACGGGGAAAUGUGUUUCUAUCCGUGCUAACCGGAUUUCGUUCACCUUCGAUCUACGAGGGCCAUCGCUCACUGUGGAUACUGCAUGCUCCGCUUCCGCCACCGCCAUGCAUCUGGCGCUCAACUCUAUCAAGCUUGGUGAUUGCGACCAAGCGCUUGUAGUAGGGGCUAACACGAUCAUCAACCCCGAGCACACUGUCUCAUUCUCAAAGCUCGGAGUCUUAUCUCCAACCGGGUCAUCCAAAUCCUUCGAUGCAUCCGCAGAUGGCUAUGCUCGCGCCGAGUGCUCGGCUGCUGUUCUCAUCAAACGACUUGAUCACGUCAAACGCGACGGAGACGCUGCGUACGCCGUUAUCACGGGCUCGGCGGUGAACGCGAACGGGAAGGGGAAGUCGCUGACGAUGCCGGAGGGGGAGAUGCAAGCAGAGACGAUCAAGGCAGCAUACGCUGCUGCAAAGCGAGACCCCGCCGACGCGUUCUUUGUCGAACUACAUGCUACCGGAACGAAGGUCGGCGACCCCAUCGAGGCCAACGCUGCAGGAAGGGUUUUCUCCCAAGGCCGCGCUGAUGAUCGCACGUUACGAGUCGGAAGUGUGAAGGCCAACAUCGGUCAUGCCGAAGGCUGUAGCUUCCUCGCGAGUCUCUUCAAAGUAGCCAUGAUGCUCCAUCACAAGGAGAUCAUCCCCAACAUCCGCUUCAACACACCGAACCCGGCUAUCGACUUCUCCAGUGGCAAGAUGUGCGUGCAAACGGAGCUGGUGAAGAUUACACCGACAAUGGCGGCCCCGGACGGCAAGUGGGUCACCUCAAUUUCGUCAUACGGCGUGGGCGGCGCGAACGCCCAUGUCGUCGUCGAGUCUCUCGACUCGGUGCGCGACUGCGACAAGUACGAUGCAGUGUCUCAAAUCACGCCCGUGUCCUCACUAUCACCUCUGUACCUUUUCUCCAUCGGAGCGCUCACUGAGAGCUCGCUUGGCCGAUGGGAAGACGUGCUCAUGUCGAACUUCGAUGGAACGACGGACGAUCGUACCCUUCGCUCCAUUGCACGCGAUCUCUCUCGCCAGGCCCGUGCGUAUCCUGCACGCGCGUUUGCGAUCGCUCCUUCCCUCGGAGCAGACACCAAGUUCACGAAGCCCGUACUAUUGACCAGCAGUGCGAGUCCGAAGCUUGCGCUCGUCUUCUCCGGGCAGGGUCCGCAGCACGUCCACAUGGGUCGCCAGCUGGCGGCUACCUACCCUACGUUCCUCGCGAGUGUCAGAGAGAACGACCGCAUCCUCGUUGACAGGUAUGGCCAGGAAUCGAUGCUGGAGCGCUCAGGCCUCUUUAUUCCUGAUGUGGAGUGCAAGCUCGCCGCGAACGGGCAGUGGCCCGUACGGGACGUCGUUCUUUCACUGGUGUCGUUCCAGAUUGCACUUGUUGACCUCCUUCGUGAUCUUGGCAUUGCAUACCAGCUUGUUAUUGGUCACAGUGUCGGAGAGAUCGCCAUGGGCUACGCAUCGGGCCACUACGACAGAGGGACGGCCAUCGGCAUCUCCGUCGCUCGUGCUGCCGCAAUGACCAAAGCCGAGGGCAACGGAGCCAUGGCCGCGCUCGGCGUUGGCGUGCAGAAGGCUAAGGUCAUGAUCCGAAAAGUGCUGUCUAAAGCUGGCACGACCAGCGGACUCUGGAUAGCGGGUCUUAACUCCCCUCAGGCUGUCACUGUCGCAGGCACGCACGAGCUCAUCGACGCGCUCAUCGAGCUCGCGGCCGACCCGCAGGCGAAGGUCUUUGCGGCGAAGCUACGGGUCGGGUGUGCGUUCCAUACGCCGCUGAUGGAGCCCCAAGAGGGAGCAUUCAAGGUACGCAUGGCGGAGACAGCGCUGUCGCGGGGCACGAAGGCUUCCGUCGCCCGUGUCAUGUCGACAACGGAUGGGCGGUGGCUCGAGCGCGACAUCGACAUCGACUAUUGCUGGGACAACAUCCGACGGCCGGUGUUGUUUGGAACAGCGAUCAACAAGAUGAUCACGGAGUACGGGGCUGAUAACCUGCUCUUCCUCGAGGUCGCUCCUCACCCGGUGCUUAAGGCGUAUAUUGAGCAGUGUGGUGGCGAGUCAAUCAGUCUCGUUAAGCGUCCAAAUCCGAAGACGCCUGCACAAAACACGGGCGAGCGCUUCCAGAUUCUUGAGGGCGUCGGUCAUCUUCUCUCGAAGGGGUACAAGCAUGUCAGUCUUGAUAGGUUGCAUGCGUCUCCUGAUGGCAUAUCCGACUUCGUCAAGCCUAGAUUGCCUGACUACCCUUACAACAAGUCGCUCUGCUGGUACGAGUCGGCUAGCGGGCGAUCCGUUCGCCUUCGCCAGAAGCCCAGACCGUUAGCAUCUCAUCAUUUCCGAAUCAACGUGGAUAGCCAUCCGGACCUGACUGGCCACGUCGUUUUCAAUGCCGUUCUGUUUCCUGCCUCAGGUUACAUUGAAAGCAUACUUGAGAACGGUGCUAUGGUCGUCAGCAAUGUCUCUAUCCUUAAGCCCCUCGUUCUUGAGGGCGCUGGCUCGUACCCAGGUCAUGCAGGCUGCAUCAUCAAUGGAGACCAGUGGCAGUUCAAAGCCUCCACCACGAAAGAGUUUAUCAACGGUGAUAUUGUCCUGGACAGUGUCUAUGCCACCGGCUCCUUCUCUCGUCAUAACCCCGCUUACGACCCCUCGGCUCCCCGUAUAUUCGACGUCCAAUCGAGGCUUUCAAAGAGUCGUGGCUCGUGCACCGGCGACGAGUUUCACGCCUGCAUACCCUCAGCCUACUGCUAUCAAAGCCACUUCCGUGACUACCUCAAGGAGGUCCACGAGGUUGAGGACGAGCGAAGCUGGGGCUCGACCUCCUAUCUCGCUCGCUUCGAGAUACCUACCGGAACGCCGGACGUAUAUGGCAACGGCUACUGCAUUCACCCGGGCAUCCUCGACUCCAUCACGCAGUGUGGUCUCGCGAUGUUUAUCAACAUGGAGACGAAGCGCUUCGACUUCAGCGGCGUCUUCUUACCCGUCAAGAUCGAUGCGCUCCGCCGCUGGGAUAGUGCAGAUGCGCCUAACCUCGACUCCGAGCUGCAGAAGGGGCUGUGGGUGUACUUGACAGCGCGGUCAUGGGCGCCCGAGGGCCCGUUCAGAUGCGACUAUGUUGUAGCGAGCUCUGAGGGGAGGGUGCUGUUCACGAUCGAGGGGUUCGAGAUUGCUCUCGCGCCAGGGGACGAGCCUGUUGCUAUCACGGAUGACAGCACGGAUCAGCGCUUGACAACUGUGUGGCAGACAAAGCACUUCCCUGUUCACUUGGCUUCGGUGCCUUCUGCCGACACCCUUGUAGCAGUAUUCAAUGCUUUGGUCAGGGAGGCGGUGUUUGCAGGGCGAAAGGUUAUUCGCGUCAUCGACGUUUUCCCGUCGUCUGAUAUCGCGAUUGCCCUCUGCGGGACUCUUCAGUCCCUUCUCGCAAGCGGAAAAGUGGCGAUCGAGUACUUCUGUGCAGCUCGAACCCUUGAGGAGGCGGAUGAGAAGACUUCGUCUCUCGAAUAUUCUCAUGUUCGUUCACUUUGUCUGGACUCAUACUCGCUGGACGACGAAGCUGCUUCCUCGGUUCUUGCUAGCUUCGAUAUCGCGAUUGGCUCAAUCGGCCUUUCGCGCGCAUUUGAGGAUGUCUCUAACAUCAACCGUCUACUCGUUCCGUCUGGAUUAGCCCUUCUAGUUGCAUCGCAUCCUGACGUUGAAGCGGAACGACAAAUAGGGGAACUAUCGUUAGACUCUCUUGCCGAAGAUCUUGCCAUUGACGGCGUCAGUGUCAAUACCAAACCCCUAGCAAAUGACCAGACGCUUGUGAUCAUCCAGGUCACGAAGUCUACUGUUGUUGUUCCAGCGGAUACCUCUAGAAAUGUCGUCAUUAGCCCAUUUGAGCACGGCCGCGAGGCUGAACUCGUCUCCAUCGCCCAGAACCUCGCUGGCGGCUCCGAGUUCUGGGUCACUGGCGAUGACGAUGCCGCGGGUAUCGGCGCACUCGGCGUCGCUUCUUGUCUCAUAGCCGAAAUGCCCGACUUCACCGCCCGUUCCGUGCUCUUCGAAGACCACUCCUUGAGCAACGAGGUACGCGAGAACGUCAUUCAUGAGCUUCGCAAGAACUCCCUUACGCUCGAGCAACACAUGAAAAUAUCCGUCGAAGGCGACGUUCUCGUUCGUAGGCUCGUGCGUGGACCUUCCACCGAACGCGAGCUUGAUGUGUCGGCAUGUCAAGUCUCGAUGCAGGCCGGGAAACCUGUCGUGUCAUCGUACUUCCCUCCCAAAGUUCAAGAUGACGAAGUUGAGAUUGAAGUCGAGUGUUUCGGCGGCCAGGGGCUCAACACGAUAUCACCGAUGGCGUUCGCCGGUACUGUGAGGGCCACGGGUUCCUCUGUUACAUCACUGGCCCCUGGAGCUGGUGUAGCUGGUAUUAUCACCACGGUCGCUGCUAGCGUUCUUGUAGUCUCUAGCGACACUGUUGUUCCGAUACCUACUGGAGUCACCGCUUCAGAAGUCGUUGCUUUGCUGCCCGCUUUGCUAGGUCCAUGGAUCGCUCUUAUGGAACUCACCCGCGCUGGUCGAGCGUCGGCCGUUUUGAUCCAUGACGCUGCUUCACCUUUUGGCAUAAUCGCCACUCAGCUGUCUCUUCGCAAUUCUAGUCGUGUAUUUUGCACAGUGAUCAGCGAAGCAGAAGCUAGAUAUGUCUCAAAGCGCCUGGGAGUUCCGAGCGAGCGGAUCGCAAUCAUUUAUGACCUUUCAGAAGCCCUUCUCAGCUGGUCUAUAGCAGAUACCGCUUCUAGGUUUGACGUAGUCCUCAACGCCGAGGGCAAGUCGGUUUUUGCAUUCGCUUCCGUCCCAUUUUCCGCGCUGGGUUGUUAUAUCCACAAUCAAGUCGGCGAGGAGUUGCCGAUUAUUCCCCCCGGAGCCCCCUUUACCCACCUCUUCAACGUCUCAAAGUUCUAUCAUCGUUCCCCGCGUGUCCCUUCCCCCAUCGUCUCCGCUAUUCUAGCUGCCCACGCGAGUCACAAGUUUGUCCUCCAUACGAGACGUCUUCCCCUCGACGGGACCGAAACUAUAGGGAACAGCGGUGACACCUAUGUUGCGCAUUUCCGUGACUCCGGGGCAUCAAGAGUUAAUCCCAAUGUGCAGCUCUUUGAUCCGCGCAAGAGCUACAUCCUCCUAGGAGGAUGCUCUGAGCUCGGUGUCAAGAUAUUGGAUUGGAUGGUGGGGCGAGGCGCUCGUCGUGUAUACAUGACGAGUAGGAGAGGCGCCAAGGGCCUGACUAAGGUCGAUAAUAUGUACAUUCGCCACUUUCGCUCCAAAGGCGUCAAAGUCGAGCUCAUUGCUGCCGAUGCUACGAGCUUGGACGGUACCUCGGCCGUAAUCCACAAUGCUCGAGAGUCCGGGCCCAUUGGUGGUGUAUUCGUAAUGAGCGUUGUCCUACGCGAUGCCAAGUUCACCAACUUGGAUCAAUCAUCAUUCGACGAUGUCUAUAGCUCGAAAGUCACCGCCCUGAAUACUCUCCUUCGCUGCAUCGACCCUGCAUCCUUGGAUUUCAUCCUCUUGUUCUCCACCAUCGGAUCCGUCUUCGGAAAUGCAGGUCAGGCUGCAUACUGUGCGUCCCAGCUCUACCUCGAUCGUACUGCCGAUGUCGUCCCCAACACCAUCUCUGUGUCGAUUCCACCUAUCACGGACUCUGGAAUAUUCAAGAGGCUUGUUCUUGCUACCAAGGGCAAGGCAAACACGGCACAGCUGACGAAGACCGGUAUGACUGCAGCACAGGUGUGCAGAUUCAUUGGUGAUGCCUUGAUUCGGAGCAUCAAGCACUACGUCCCAAUGUUAUCGAUUGACGACGUGCCUGAGGCGUUCCCCUUCUGCGAACCUAAACUUUAUCAUCACUUGUUGCCGAAGAAGCUGUUGGCUGCAAGCGGAGCUAGUGACGAGGACAGCGCCGUCGUGGAGUCCCCAGGGACGCUGCUUGCGACGCUUCUCAAUAUGGAGGAGAGCCAAAUGUCGGACAACGCGCUUAUCACUAGUUAUGGUCUUGACUCCCUUGCAGCUACUCGCUACAGCAGCUUGCUCAAGUCGCGUUUCAACAUCUCAGCCAGUCAGAUAGAGUUGCUCGGCUCUAUGACCUUGGGUGCCCUCAAAGUGAUGCAGGCUCAAACCCGGGUCGCGAGCGAAGGAGACGACAAUUCACCUAUUGUAGACGAUGGAUCUGACAAAUACGGAGCGGCGCUAGUUCCCAUUCUCGCCAAUAAGCUUGCCUAUGACGAGCCGUACACCACUAAUGCGUCGCCUCACCAAUAUCGCAUAUGGCUAGCUCAGAGGGAGUACGACAACGCCCGUAAGCGCUCAGUCGCAAACAUCGACAACAACAUGUUACGGUACGGCGCUACGCAGUGGGACACUCAUGAAGGCUACUUCGUAACUAUAAGGACCGAGAGCGCCAUCAACGUCAGUCGGCUAUCCGAUGCGCUUCAGGAAGUGCUCAGCCGUCACGGAGCUCUUCGUACUUCGUUCUCAUGGAACGAGGAGCUAGGGAGACUUCUACAGACCGUUCACCCUUCGACAGAGCUCCAGCCGUCUCUCAUAGACCUCUCCGAUGACUCGGAUGCCCUUGCCAAAGCCUACGAAAUGAGUCUUGCUCUCAACAAGGAGCCAGACUUCAAUCUUGAUCGUCUACCCCUUCUCACCGUUAUGAUGUUCAACCUUGGAGGUGGACGUUGGGCAUUCAACGUCGUCACUCAUCACAUCAUCAUCGACGAGGCCUCUCUCGGCGUCUUUUUCUUUGAGCUUUUCCACAUCUAUCUUCAUGGCUCUGGCGCGCUUCCCGAUGUUUCCAUCCACUAUUCCGACUUCAGUGACUGGCUUGAGAAGACGUCUGACCACCGCGCCAAGUUGAAGGAGGAGCAUCUCAAGUUCUGGGCUUCGUAUUUGCCCAAGACCGAACCACUACACCUUUCCCUCGCGACGCCCUCCGAGAGGGAGCUCUCCCCUAUUACGCAAAUCGAGACAGAAAUAGGUGCUCAAACUCUCGAACAGUUCACGAAGAUCAUCAGCGAUGCCGUCGCCACUCCCUUUGCUGCUUUCUUCGCGGCAUACAAUGUCCUUCUGUACAAGUAUUCGGGUCAGGAGUCGUUCGUCGUCGGUACCGCCGUUACGCAGCGCAAUCUUCCUCGACUCCAGAACGUCAUCGGCUUCUUCGCCAACAUGCUGCCGAUUAGGACCGUCAUCGACGAUUCUCUCAGCUUCAUGGACUAUCUUAACCGCUUCAAAGGAGAUCUCAUAUCCUGUCUUGCGCAUGACGAGGUCACAUAUGAGGACAUUGUGGCUCAGCAGAAGGGUGGCGCGCAGGGCCGUGGUUACUUCAAGCACCUUUUCGCGCCCGGCGGUAUGAACAUGGAGACUAUCUCGCAGCUUGGCAUUAAGGACGUGCACCAGUCCUCACUCCCUAACGGAGAGGAGCAGUACGAGUUCCUCCUCACUGUUUACCCCAGUACUGGACAUACCAUCCUCCGCUUCGACAACAAGCUGUACACCGAGGACGCCGCUCGCCAGCUCCUUAAUGCCUACGUAUGUCUGAUAGAGGCCCUGGGACGUAAUCCUGACGCUCGUAUACGUGACAUCCCUGUCGUUAGCGAAGGGGAGCACCACCGCUUGACCAAGGAGCUCUCGUCAUCAUACAGUUUCCCUGUUUACGAGACUUGCUUGCAUAAGAUGGUCGAGAAGCAGACUGAGAAGACCCCUUGCUUCACCGCCGUCGAGUUUGAGGAUCAAUCGCUUACUUACUCAGAACUCAAUGAGACAGCGAACCGCAUUGCUCGCUCGCUCAUCCAACUAGGUGUUCGACCCAACGACGCCGUCGCUCUCUGUUUCGAUCGUGGAAUUAGUCAAAUUCUGGGCAUUCUUUCUGUUCUCAAGACCGGGGCCGCCUUCGUCCCUCUUGACCCCGAUGACCCGAUUCUGCGCAAGGCGAUGGUUAUUCAGGAGUGCGGGGCGAAAAUAUUGGUUACUACUGCCAGCCAUUCUCGAAGCUUCCCCGAGAUUCUUACGUCGAAAGUGGUGGUCGCUUACAUCGACGAUCCGAGUUACCAGAAGCGGCUAUCUCGUCUAAGUCCAGAGAACUUCGAAGUAAACGAACUUACACCUUCGAGCUUAGCAUACAUCCUAUUCACGUCUGGUUCUACUGGCAAGCCAAAAGGCGUCAUGAUUGAGCACCGCUCUAUUGCAAACCUGAUCCAGAACUCCAGCGUGUAUGGGUUCAACCAGGGUACACGAGUUCUAUCGUCUCUCACGUACACCUUCGAUCCAUUCAUCGUUGAUGUCUUCGGCUCUCUCAGUCAUGGUGCUACGCUCGUUACUGGCCGCAAGGAGCUCGUGUUGGGUGACGUUCCGGCUGCCAUCCGGGCGCUCCGCAUCAAUGUCCUUCACGUCACUCCCAGCAUCCUCGCUGUUGUUGCAGUCGACAAUUAUCCGACGCUGGAGACGAUAGUAGUCGCUGGCGAAGCCCUUGGCAAGAGACUUAUCGAGGACUGGUCGUGUCGCGUCACUCUGCGGAACAUGUAUGGCCCCACUGAAGCAUCUGUUGAUUGCGUCUCGUGCCACGUUGCCUCUACUUCCCUCGUUGGCGUCAUCGGUCGUCCACUGCCCAACUGCAGGAUCUACAUUCUUGACAGUCAGCUUCUCCCCACUCCCGUCGGCGUUGAGGGUGAGCUGUAUAUCGGUGGUAUUCAGAUCGCCCGUGGCUACCUCAAUCAACCCGAGCUUACUGCUCAAUCAUUCAUCCCCGAUCCGUUCGUGCAAGGCGAGCGUAUCUACAAGACGGGUGAUGUCGCCCUCUGGCGGGCGGACGGUAACAUUGAGUAUUGCGGCCGUACCGACCGCCAGAUCAAACUUCGCGGCCAGCGAGUCGAGCUCGCCGAGAUCGAGGACGUUAUCUCGAAAUUCCCCACUAUCCAGCGUACGGCGGUUGUCAUCCGUGACGUGCAUGAGAACCCUGCUAUUGUUGCUUUCGUUGAAUUUUAUUGGGAUAUUGGCGAACAUCUGGAUGAAGAGAAGGAGAGGCUCAAGAUCUAUGUCUCAGAGCGUCUUCCGCGAUUCAUGUACCCAUCCCUCAUCGCUGUCUUACCUCGCUUGCCGGCGCUAAGCAGCGGCAAGACUGACAAAAAUACUCUCAAGACGAUGGGGCUUUCGUCGUUCAUGUUUGACCUCUCUCACGACGUUGGUGAGCCGCGGGGGGACGUCGAGAUCGAGCUCAUGUCCAUCUUCUCAAAUAUGCUUCAAGUCGAUCAUCGGACCUUUGGCGUGACCCAUGACUUGUUUGCCGUUGGCAUGAACUCCUUGAUGGCGGUACGAGUCGCGGGUCUCAUCUCCAAGAAGUUUAAUGUACACAUCGGUCUCAGCAAUAUUUACUUGAGGCCAACCGUUCGCGAACUCAGUAAUCUCAUCAUCGAUGCCAUGACGCAGAAUGUACCAUUCUCUGCCGACUCCGAGGGAAAGGACGAGGAUUUCAUCAUCGAGCUCCUUCCUGUCAAGAAAAAGGGCGCUCAGCCCAAGUUCUUCAUCAUCCAUGAUAUCACGGGUAUGGCUACGCCAUUUAUGCGCCUUGGAUCCUUCAUGUCCAACGAGAUAUACGCUAUUGGUGACAAGUACUUCGGUUCAGCUUCUGGCUUCGACACUAUCGAGAUAAUGGCGGAUCAUUAUAUCACGCUGCUGAAAGGGGUACAGUCCACUGGCCCCUAUCUCCUUGGUGGUUACUCGUUCGGAGGCGUCGUCGCGUUGUGCAUGGCCUCCAAGCUGUCCAAGGCCGGUGAAAUAGUCUCGCACCUCAUCCUCUUCGACCCGAUCUUUAUACCUACCAGCGAGCGCCAGUCGAUCAAGGCCGCCGCGUGGACCCAGCGCUCGCUCAAUCGUCUCUCGUGCAAGUUUGCCACGAUGGGCGAGAAGUGGCGCAACAAGCUCAAGACGGAAAUCAGGAAGAACCUCGACUUGCUCUUUGAUCACGAACCGGCACACUACGCGGGCCGUUCCACUCUUGUCGUCCCUAAGGAUAGGUCGUGGUUCCGGAGCGGCAACGUUAGCGACUUCGACACGUGUAUGGACGAUCGUAAUGGCUGGGACGCGCGAAUACAGAACUUGGAUAUGAAGGUCACCGCGGGCGCUCACGAUACAAUCUUUGCGCGUGCUUAUGUAGAAGCCCUUGCUGGCAUUGUGAAGGACAUCAUCGCGUCUACUCCUGCUGUUGAAUUUCCCCCUUCCUUAAGCACCGUAUGAUCAUGCGAUCAAUCAAGGGGUUAGAGUGUUCAAUCCUACGAAUCCAAUAUUUCGGUGACAUAUGUCAGUCAUAUAUGUAUGUGUUUCGAAUUUUCCAUAUAUAACUCUGUUUCGAGCUCAAGGCGGUAAUACUUAAUUUAUCGAUAUUCGCUGUACAGCUGCUCUGUUUACAUGGCUUUUCCCUCUUAU